AGGAGAGAUGUUUUGGAGGAGCCUUCCUUUUUGAUUACUGUGCGGAAGCACCGAUCCAUAAAACAACGAAUACAGAAGUGAAGCAGCAUUCCCGCCGCCUUACUGCUUAAGCCAUGGGGCUCGUUGAGGGCAUACUGAACGUGUCCUCGUUUCCAAUCAAAGCUCAUCGACUUUAUCACUUGAUUGCCGUCUUUUGCCUGGUGGCCGUCCUUCUGAAAAUAACGCGGCUGUUUCUGAGAAGAAGCGAAGCGAUCAAAAUCCUGAAGCAAUUCCCAGGACCCCCGACACACUGGCUGUAUGGACACGUGCACGAGUUUCGUCAAGAUGGAACAGAUCUGGACAUAUCCUGUUCUUGGGGGAAAGUGUAUCCUUAUGCCUUUCCAUUAUGGUUUGGACCUUUUGUAACUUUCCUCAACAUUUGUCAUCCUGAGUAUGCUAAAGCUAUUCUUACUACAACAGAGCCAAAAGAUUCUUUUACAUAUACAUUUUUGAUUCCAUGGAUUGGUGAAGGUUUGUUAGUCUCCGAUGGCAGUAAAUGGUUCAGACAUAGAAGACUCCUGACACCUGGAUUCCAUUAUGAUAUCUUAAAACCAUACGUGAAAGUAAUGGGGGAUUCUGUAAAUGUUCUGCUGAAAAAAAUGGAAAGAUACUCAAACAAGUAUGAUGAGUCUGUGGAAAUGUUUCAGCAAAUAAGCCUCCUGACCCUUGAUAUCAUACUAAAAUGUGCUUUCAGUUACAACAGUAACUGUCAACUGGAAAGUGACACAAAUUCCUAUGUUCAAGCUGUAUAUGACCUUUGUCAUCUCACCAAUGUAAGAUUGAGGACAUUUCCAUUACACAGUGAUAUCAUUUUCCAUCUUACCUCAGCUGGAUACAAGUUCAGAAAAUCCUGCAAGAUAGCACAUCAUCAUACAGAGGAAGUGAUCAAAGAAAGAAAAAAAGCUCUGAAGGAUGAGAAGGAACUUUCUAAAAUUCAAAAGAAACGAUACCUUGACUUUCUGGAUAUUCUACUGUCCACUACAGAUGAAGAUGGCAAAGGCCUUUCCGAUGAGGACAUAAGAGCAGAGGUGGACACAUUUAUGUUUGAAGGACACGACACCACAGCUAGUGGCAUUUCUUGGAUCCUGUACAAUUUGGCUUUACACCCAGAACACCAGCAAAAAUGUAGAGAAGAAAUACAGGAUGUGCUUUCAGGGGAAGAAACCAUGGACUGGGACCAUCUGAGUAAAAUUCCAUACACCACUAUGUGUAUAAAGGAAUCUCUUCGUUUGUGUCCACCAGUACCUGAAAUAGGAAGGAAAUUAACAAAACCAAUAAAGUUUCCUGAUGGAAGAACUCUACCUGAAGGUUUUCUCAUUGGAAUUGCUGUUUAUAAUAUCCACAGAUGUGAAAAGUUUUGGGAGACUCCAGAGGUUUUUGAUCCCCUGAGGUUUUCAGCACAGGAGUCAGCUGAAAGACAUCCUUUUGCAUAUAUACCAUUCUCUGCUGGACCAAGAAACUGCAUUGGACAAAACUUUGCCAUGAUCGAAAUGAAAAUUGCCGUUGCAAUGAUACUGAGACGGUAUGAACUGGCGGUGGAUUCCUCCAAAAUUCCAAAAAAAGUCCCAAAAUUGGUUCUGCGCUCACUGAAUGGAAUUCACUUGAAGUUAAAGAAACUGGGCUAAAGAAAUAAUAUCAGACUUAAAAGAAUAUUAUUCUUCACAGCUUCAAAAUAGAGUAAACAUAAAUUGUUAGCUGGAAGUCAGCUAAUAUUAAUGUUAUAACUGAUUAUUGCUUUGAGGAGCUAUUCAAUACAAUGAGAGUUUUCUGUUUGAACAAACAUGUCACCUUAUGUAAUAAAUAAAGUGAAACAUUUUGACUAA